CAAGUAGCUGGGAUUACAGAGAAUGAAGAUCUAGAAAACAACAAGGAUACCUCUUCAUUGGCUUCUGCCACUGAUCCAGAACCCCGUUCCUCACCCCACAGGCCACAGAUGGUAUCUCCAGUGAGUAAGGAUGCCACGGAAGAUCUGAGGAAAGCAACUGGUGCCUUGGACACUCAGGCUGUGGUGAAACAGGAUUUGCUGCCUACAGACCAAGCCCAGGUCCUCAAUGAGAGUUCUGUUGUGCAGAUGGCCAAGUAUCAAGUUCCACAGAGGUCUGGGGACAUCGUUAUGAUCCAAUCUGAGCAUACAGGAGCUAUAGAUGUUCUUUCAGCUGAUUUGGAAUCUGCAGAUCUUCUGGGGGACCACAGGAAAGUCUCCCCACCUCUGAUGGCUCCUCCAUGCAUCUGGACAUUUGCCAAGGUGAAGGAAUUCAAAAGCAAGCUGGGCAAAGAGAAGAACAGCCGACUGGUGGUGAAGCGUGGUGAAGUGGUGACCAUCAGGGUACCUACUCAUCCAGAGGGGAAGCGUGUCUGCUGGGAGUUUGCGACCGAUGACUAUGACAUUGGCUUUGGAGUUUAUUUUGACUGGACCCCUGUAACCAGCACGGACAUAACUGUGCAGGUCAGUGAUUCCAGUGACGACGAAGAUGAAGAAGAGGAAGAGGAGGAGGAGAUUGAAGAACCCGUUCCAGCUGGAGAUGUGGAGAGAGGCUCCAGGAGCUCCUUGCGGGGUCGCUAUGGGGAGGUGAUGCCUGUGUACCGGCGGGACAGCCACCGAGACGUGCAGGCUGGCAGCCAUGACUACCCUGGGGAGGGCAUCUACCUGCUCAAGUUUGACAACUCUUACUCCCUGCUGCGCAACAAGACUCUCUACUUCCACAUCUACUACACGAGCUGAAGGACCGCUGGGACGGGCAGGCUGUAUUUGCUGGCUGAAGCAGGCUGCCAGCUGGUGCCUCUUGUUUGGGAUAGGCAAGAGCUAAAGGCUCACGUGGGGCUCCCGAGCCUCACACCCUGUCUGGCAUGUCUGACUGUUGACCCACGUAGCUUUUCCCCUUCUUGGCUUCUGCAGGUGGUGAUGUAGUGCCCCUGUUCUGUGGUCCCUGACUCAUACUCUUCUUGCUUCAGACUCCAGCAAAUUCCCUCUUGAAGGCACCUAUCGGGCACAAGCCUAAAAGGAAGCAGGGCGUUGUUUUUUGAAAAAUAGAUUUAUCUUGGCACAGGUUUAUCAUUCAGAUUGCUGCCCUCUCCUCUCCCAGAGCCUUUAUUGCCAAUGCAUUUGGUGGCACCCACUCUCUUUACCUUUUGAGGUGCCAGAAGAGGGAAAAGCACGUUGUCCAUGAAGGAGCCCAAUCUUUUGGUUGGAGAAAGCUCUGUCCAGCCUGUCACCACUGCCAUAUUCCUGCCUGCUGGUUAUUCUUGGUCUCUGCAUAGCUGAGAGACCACACUGCCUUUGGAGGGCUGUUACUAUUCCUGAUGGUAGAUGCCCCCUCCUUUCCUUUCCUAAGUCUACGUUUUUGCCAUUACAGCAAGAACUUCCAUGCAAUCUAAAAUGAUGAUCAACAUAACGUAAGAUCUUGUGGGAAGAAAAACUGCCUCCAUUACUUCCUGUUCCAAGGGCACUGGCAGUCAAAGUGGAUAGAGUGGAAAUUAGGUACUGAAUUGAUGGCAGAACCCACAUAUUUGAAGGUCAAGUGUUACUAUUUUUUUUUUUUUUGGUAUAAUCCAAGAAGGAAUGGUAUCAUCUGAGAGAGAAGAUGAAAAACAAAAAAACUACUCCAGAGUCCCCACUUUUUUUUUUUGUCUUUAGAGUAGGAGUGCUAUUUAGAAAUGUUGCUUUGGAAUCAAAUGCACUGAAACCCAAUCAGGUUUCCAAAGUUUCUGCAUUUAGGUUUCUUGCAUUGAGGGCUUAAAGCUUUUGGUGUUCAGAGUCCCUUAGUUAAGGUGAUGAUGAAGCUUCACUAUUGCUGCUGAUUCUAUUUGUUCUUUACCUGACCAAAGCUUGCAUUUCCCUGGUGACAGCAUUUCCUCCUCUGUCACCCCUGAGGCUCAGGAGUGCCACAGAGUGCAGGUGGUGCUACAGCCAGUGGUCACCAGAGCACCAGAUGCUGGGCCCCCAGGCAGAGAAGGAGACAGUGAGAUGGGACCUCAGCAGUCUCUGUGUUUGUACUUCUCUGUCUCUUACUCCUCGUGUUACGUCUGUUACUGCCUACGAAUUCUGAAGAAUAAUUAGAUUUAUUUAUUACUGUA